AUGCUUACAGUAGCUCAGAAGAAAGACCGAAUUCAUUCAAUAGUCCUUAAGGAUGAAGAAAUUGGAGUAAUGAUUGAGGAAGACAGAGGCAGGGAUUGGGGACAUGUCAAGUGGGCAAGGAAGGUAUCACACAUGGCACAAGGCUUCAACGACACCCAGUGCCAUCUAUUGGACGCCGUGUUAGAAAACACUCCCAAAGUAUUGUGUGACUUCUUAGACAACCAUUACAACACUUGGGCAGAAUUUGAGGCAGAUGUUGCCAAAAUCUCCGCAUCACAACUCAGGAAGGCAAAGCAAUGGCUGGUACAAGAACACAAACUUCAAGAAGACAUAGACAAGCUCCAGAACCAGGUCAAUGGAAAUUGCAAGAACCCCGCAUCACCGUCUCAGAACAACCAGACCCCAUACGUUCCACCACCAGCUUGUCGUUACAGCUAUUGCUACGGCACACCAUCUACCUUAGCAGCACAACCUCAGGCAACCACACCUCUUCAGCCUGUUCCCCCUCCCACCACAUUCCAAAAUCCCCAAAUGCCUGUAACGUUGCAGAUUCUGGAGACUCCACAAGCUUCUAACCUGUUUCUGCCUAUGACACCAAUCACACAAGGUAACCUCUUCUACGGCUACAGAGGAUUCCCACAGACUCCCACCAGAGCACAAGGAGGAUCACUGAUAGACAGAGCAUGUGCAGCAGCACAAUAUGUGACCAUCACCCACCAGACACAGAGGCAGGGAAACAGGUCACUGGUGUUAACGCCCAGUGCAGGUUCACCCACAAACGUACAAUUUGUGACACCUGCAACAGGACCUCCCGCAAGCACGCAAUAUGUAGCACCUACAACAACGAUGAACUACCCGCAGUACCCGUACUACCCACAGGAAGCCUAUAAUCCAUAUGAUGACCCGUCAUCCCCAAACCUUUCAGAUAUCACAUUUAGCCUCCCAUCAACAGUACCAACCUCAACUAACACAUCAGACUUCAACACCUCAGUCAUCAAUUUACCAAUGGGAGACCAGACUCAAAUGGACAACCAAGAUGCAGAUGAGAACCUUGUCGACUCCAAUGAUUCUCUGCUAGAUAUGAACUCGGACUCUGAUUCGAAUUUUUCAUCUGCUUUACCUUUUUCAGAUUCAGAUUCUGUACUAAUAUCCGCACCUACCUUUUCUGGACACUCUUCUGUUACAUUUUCAUCUCCUGACAUAGUCGAACCCAUCUCAAACACUGAAGAAUCAGACCCAGAGAUCCCAGCAUCCAUAGAUUCCAGUACCAGUACUACAGAAUCUGUACUGAGUGUCAUAUCUACUCCUAAAUCCAUCCAAGUUGCUGAUUGCUAUCAGAGUGCAAAUGACCAAAAUGUCACCGACCUACACAACCUGUCAGAUCAAUGCAGCCACAUCAAGAAAGCAAACUACAAUUCUGAGGUACCAUCCCAGAGAAUAUGGACAGGAAUGUUCAAAUGGAACAAGGCAAAGAUCUGA